UAUCUCUUGGAAAUAAUACUUCAGUGAGGAAAUUUUCCAAGAUCAAAUUCUCCUUUCUUGUUCCAUUGAUUUAUAAUUAUCGUGCCGUCGGUUCAUAUCGGGCGAAGACUUCUGACCAUAGAUAGAGAUUGAAAUUGCUAGGGUUUGGACAGCCUUAUGCUACAAAUGACGAAACCUUCAUUUAAUUAUGGCCUCCAUUUUGACUGUUUAAAUACAGAGUAUGAAGAUUCAAAGAGUCAAGUCUAUGCAAAUGGCUGGUCAAUUGGGCGUAAAUUGGACCUCUCCAAUUCAUCGAACCGUAUUUUCCCAUAGACUGCGUUGUAAAUUUCUGGAGGAUGCCCCCACCUUGAUUUUUAUUCUCUUUCCGUCCAGUUUCUUCGAGAUUUCAAUACCUGGCUGGAAACCCUAGAAAUCAUAAACAACUCGGAGAAGUAGACUUGGGGAUCGAGGUAGAUUUAUGAAUACGGAAUUCCAUAUGGGGUUAUUCUGUUUCCUUUUGUCCUUUGUUCUCACUCAGCUAGUGGCACUUCCGUUGGCUAGGAGGGAUAGCAGUUACGUUCGUCCAUUUUGCCCGUUAUUCGAGUGUGGAAAUCUGGGCCUCAUAGGAUUCCCUUUUAACAAUGUGUCGCUCACUGAUUGCGGAUUAUACACUGUUAAAAACUGCUCAGGACAGCCAAAAAUCCAGCUGAAACGUGAAGAAGAAAUUUGGUUUGAUGUUGUUGCCAUAUCUCAGUCCAAUGUCAUCCAUAUCGAUGACCCAGAACUUCAGAAGCGAAUAAAUACUCGCAGUUGUUCUAUUCUGGACGAUCUAGCUCUUCCAACGUCUCCUUCAUCUUCUUUAUCCGCAGAUUAUACUCUUACUUUGUAUAAUUGCACUCAUAAACCUAUAGAUGGUCUUCCUCUUUUCGACAGUUCAUUUAGUUGCCCUGGUUAUUACUCGUACGUCAACACCAGUGCUUCCCCCAACUGUCCCACUUCCAAGUCUGAAUUUUUUAUUCCAAUUCGCCCGAUUGAUGCCAAUAACUCAGCUGUUGAGUUUACUUCUAAUUUCCAACUUCAAGUCACCAUAUCUACUCCUUGUACUCAAUGUUUUCGUAGCGGAGGCCAAUGCUCGAAUACCCGAGGACAGUUCGUAUGUAAAGGUGGAAACACAAAAAUAGGACAAUCAAAUUUGCAGAAGAAAAUAUUUAUCACAGUUGCAAUUGCUUUAGGAAGCAUUAUUGUGGUAAUCUCCACCGUCAUCUUCAUCUACAAGAAAAGAAAAGGCAUGUCAAACAAAAACAAAAUUGAUGAAAUCAUUAGGAGAUGUUCAACCCACACUCCCAAGCAAUACAGUUACUCAAAGCUGAAGAAAAUUACAGACUCCUUCAAGAACAAGCUUGGCCAAGGGGGAUUCAGCUCUAUCUACAAAGGGAAGUUACCCGAUGGUCGUGAAGUGGCAGUGAAACUGUUGAAUGAAUCCAAUGAUAACGGUGAAGACUUUAUGAAUGAAGUGGUUAGCAUCACCAGAACUUCGCACCUAAACAUAGUCACUCUCUUAGGUUUCUGCUAUGAGCAGGGGAAAAGAGCCUUGGUUUAUGAGUAUAUGCCUAAAGGGUCAUUAGAUAAAUACAUAUUUCAUCGAGGACAACAAAGAGAAAAUGAAACAGUUAUGGAUUGGAACAUGUUGUAUAGCAUAGUUACGGGUGUGGCUCGAGGAUUAGAGUAUUUGCAUCAAGGCUGCAACACAAGGAUUUUACAUUUUGACAUCAAACCACACAACAUUCUUUUGGACAAUGAGUUCUGCCCCAAAAUCUCAGAUUUCGGGCUUGCCAAGCAAUGCAAGGCUAGAGAAAGUCACAUGUCGAUGACGGGUGUGAAAGGGACCGCAGGAUUUAUGGCGCCAGAAGUAAUAUUUAGAAAUUUUGGUAAAGUUUCACACAAGUCUGAUGUUUAUAGUUUUGGAAUGUUGGUUCUUGAGAUGGUGGGUGAAAGAAAGAGACCUGGUGAAUUAGGAGUUGGGGAAAACAAAGAAGAGUACUUUCCGGAUUGGAUAUAUGAGGAUUUGGGAAGAAGUGAUGUAGAUGGAGGGCUUUGGUGGGGCAGCACAGAGGAAGAAGAAGAAAGGGCGAGAAAAAUGAUAAUUGUUGGAUUGUGGUGCAUCCAGACAUUGCCAGAGGAGAGGCCAUCAAUGAGUGUUGUGGUGGCUAUGUUGGAAGGGAGUGUUGAUGGCUUACAAAUUCCGCCCAAGCCGACCUUAUUUCAACCUCCUACUGCAUUUCCCCAUCGUUCUUCAUCAUCCUCCUCCUACUGCAUUACCACACUCGAAGAUAUAUUCCGUUUUUCGACGACCUGACUCAAAGACCAAAAUACUCAAUUAAGCAAUUCUCCUAUUAGGGGUUUAAAUUCAUUUCCUUUCAAAACAGUAGUAACAAAAUGAUAAAGGCUUGCAAGACUUUCAACUAGAAUUUUGUUACAUAUCGUGCUGUGAAAACCAAAAUCUUUCGAUCAAAUAAGCUUUCAAGACUAAACAUAUUUUCAAAGGCA